AUGUCGUCGAUGCGCGCUGUGCUGGUUCGCAAGCCUGGAGAAGCCACCGAGCUCGAGCUUGGAGAGGCUCCCCGUCCGCAGAUCGCUGCCGAUGAGGUUUUGGUCAAGGUUGUCUCCUUUGGUCUCAACCGGAUGGACAUUGUCCAGAGAAAGGGAUUCUAUCCUCCGCCCAAGGGUGCCUCGGACAUUCUCGGUGUUGAGUUUUCGGGCCACAUCGAGCAAAUCGGAGGCGAUGUUCGAUCUGUAAAGGUUGGAGAUAAAGUCAUGGGUCUGGUUGGCGGCGGCGCCUACAGCGAGUACGUUGCAGUCAACCAAGCCAUGGUCAUGCCCAUCCCGCACUCGUUCAGCUUCGUGCAGGCCGCCGCCAUUCCCGAGACGUGGUUCACGGCAUAUCAGGCCAUCCAUUUUGUGACCGAGUUCAAGGCCGGCGAAACGAUCCUGAUCCACGGUGGUGCAUCUGGUGUCGGCACUGCUGCUAUUCAGCUUGCCAAGCUCGCCAAGGCUGACAAAAUCAUCGUGACUGCUGGAUCGGACGAUAAGACCGACUUCUGCAAGUCCCUCGGAGCCACCCACGGCAUCAACUACAAGACCGAGGAUUUCCAGGCCAAGGUUCUCGAGUACACCGGCGGCAAAGGAGCCAAUGUCAUCAUCGACAUGGUCGGCGCGCAGUACUGGGACAAAAACUUGGGCGCACUGGCCCUGGAUGGCCGCAUGGUCAUGCUUGCUUUCCUGGGAGGCUCGGUUAUCAAGGAGUCGAACCUGGCAGUUAUUCUGAAGCACCGCCUGCGCAUCCAAGGCUCGACGCUGCGUUCCCGCUCGCUCGAGUACCAGAUCGAGCUCCGCAACGCCAUCGUGGCGAAUGUGAUUCCAAAACUCGAGUCUGGCGAUCUCAAGCCCAUCGUCGAUCGCGAGUAUAGCUGGAAAGACAUUGUCGCAGCACAUCAGUACAUGGAGAGCAACCAAAGCAUUGGUAAGAUCAUCGUCAACAUCGACUAG